GGAAGGGAUCCUGGUGGAUGAGGCUCAAGAUGCAUGGGGAUGUUGACAGAUCUACUGCAUUAGGGGAUAAAAAGCUAAUCUGGACAUGGACACACAUGCAUAAAUAGAUCACUAUGAAGAAGAGAUUUGAAAGUGGUGUAAGCAAGAGAGGGAGAAAACAAGAACAACUGAGUGAAGCAGCAGCUAAGAACUCAAAGCCAAUAACUUCAUUUCUCAAACCACUGGAAAACAUACCUUACCCUACAAACAAUGCUACAGAUAAUGAAAUCUCCGCAACUGGAACAGGUGAUAUUUCAAUGCCAAUACCUGAACAUGAGGACAGUAGUCAAGAAGGAUAUGUGCUAACAGUAACAGAUGCAAGAGAAGAUCCUGUGUAUGUUCAAGAAACUCAGCAGCAACAGGGAGAUGUAGAUCUUACGCAGCAAGAGCAAUUCAUGAGUACUAUAGGUUUGACUGUGACUGACACUGGAAUUGUUGAAAAGAGCAAUGCUGCCCAAAUGCAAUCUUUUCUUCAAAUUAGUUGUUUUGAAAUUCCAAGUAACAUUCCACGAUAUGCUGAUAAUCAUACUUUCCCUACCAGUCUGCUGACAAAAUCUCUUCCAAACAGUGAGACCUGCACAAGAGACUGGUUAUGCUGGAAUACGGAAAAACAAUCUCUGUACUGUGCAUCCCUCUUCAUUUUGAACAAAAUGCAGCAAAUGCAUCAGUUCUCUCUGAUCAAUCAGGAUGGAGCAUCAACAGCAGUUGGAGGAAGUUGAAAGACUCCCACCAAAUACCAUCA